AUGAUUUAAUCGAUCACUAAGGAUAGUAAGAACAUGACUAAAUUAAAAAUGAAGAAGAUAAAUAAAGAAAGAAAACUAGAAAAAUUGUUAAAAAAAGGAGAGUCAUACUUAAACCUAUUAUUAUCAAAGUGACAGAGUAACAAAAGAAUUAAAAGAAAAGAAAGGUUCAUAAAACAAUUAAAAAGUGCAAAACCAUUAUUAAGGAGUGAAAUUUUAUAUCAAUAAUAAAAAUAAUUCAAAAUGUUUCAAUAUAAACCUUAAGAAGAGACCUACUAUAGAUAACUUUGAACUCCCUUUGAUCCAUAAGUAUUUCAAAUUUAUUUGAUUCUUAGGGUCUAGGCUUUGCAGAGCAAAAGAGUACUGUUGAAUUAUUCAAAAAAGUGGACUUCCAGUUGAUACACAAAAGAGAAUAUGGAUUGCAGGAGUAAUGAAUUAAGAUGGCAAACUCUAUUAUUCAGAAUUUGCCACUAUUAUGAGACUUAUUGCAUAUUGUUAAAAUGGAUUUGAAUUCAAUGAAUAAUUAUUGAAUUCAAAUAGUCCUGUUCCUGAUGGAAGGAAUAUAAAUACCUAAUAAUAAUAAUAACCUUAAUAAUAAUCAAUCUAAUAAUCAUAAUAGUAACAGUUCAACAACUUUUAAUAAGCUUAAAAUUAGUUACCUUAAUUAAAUUACUUCUAAACAUAUAAUGUUCAAAUUUCACUAUAAUCCUAUUUAGAACCUAUGCUAUAGUGAUAUUAACUAUAUUUACAUUAUUUUAAUACAAAAAGGUUUGUUAUUUAAGAAUCAAUUUAUUGUUGCUGUUCAUUUAAUAGCUCUUUGUCGAAAGGAUAUCCCUUUACCUUAAGUAUUACCUGAAUCUUUACUUUAAUUAAUAAGAAGGGAUUAAUAAUAAAAUUAAGUUUCGAUCAACAUCAUAAACGAUUCUACAAAUAAUUUCAGGUUUGCCAACAUAACCAUAAAGAGCAGGAUCUUAGAAUGAAUUACAAGGUUCCAAUCUUCAAACAAGUUACUAAUAGAAUAAAAUUAAAAAUUAAUUCUAAUAGAUUUAAUUUGCAAACAAUGUAGAUUGAUAAAAUAAAUAAUUGAAUAUAAGAAGAAGGAUGUUGAAUUUCUCAAUCAAACCAAAUAAAAGCUUCAAAGUUUUUAUGAUUUCCUUAAGAACGAAUAAGAUGAAUUGCAAGCUUAAAUAACUUCAUCAAAUGAUUAAUAAACAUAGAUAUAACAUUAAAUGAAUAUUUUAUAGGAUAGUAUUUUAAAUCAAUUAUAAAUAAAUUAAAACUUAUAGAAAUAAUUAUAUGAAUUGAAAUAAACCAAUUAAGUUUAAGAAAAUUAAACUCCUACAUAAAAAAUUAAUUUUAGACUAUAUAUGUAUUAGUUAAUUAAUAUAAUAAUUGUAGAUUGAAGAUGAUUAUGAUUACUCUAAUUAUAGAGCAAAGAAAUAUAAGGUAGUUUCUGGAGGUAACUAAAACAUUGAAAACUUUCUUUGA